AUGAAGCAUAACGAUUUUCUUUGUGGAGUUAUUGAAGGUUAUUAUGGUCGUCCAUGGUCAUUUAAUCAACGUAAAACACUUUUUGAAUAUUGUUUGAGAUUUGGUUUAAAUACAUAUGUAUAUGCACCAAAAGAUGAUGCAAAACAUCGAUCUCGUUGGCGUGAUCUUUAUUCGAACGAAGAAUCAUCUGAAUUGAGUCAAUUAAUUCAUAUAGCUAAACGAUAUGGAAUUAAAUUUAUAUAUGCUUUAUCACCCGGUUUAGAUAUUAUUUAUUCAUCAGAAAAAGAUUUAGGAGCAUUAAAACGAAAAUUUGAUCAAUUAUCAAGUUUAGGAUGUGAGAAUUGGGCUAUAUUAUUUGAUGAUAUUGAAAGUGAAAUGUGUCAACAAGAUAAAGAUCGUUUUGCAUCAUUUGCACAUGCUCAAGUCGCUGUUACUAAUGAAAUAUAUGAUUAUCUUAAUAAACCAAAUGUUUUACUAUUCUGUCCAACACAAUAUUGUAGCCGAAUGGCAAAGCCCUCUCUCGAAAGAUCUUCCUAUUUACAAACAAUCGGUAAUGGUCUUCAUCCAGAUAUUGAUAUUUUUUGGACAGGUCCAAAAGUAAUAUCAAGACGUAUAAUCAUCUCUCAUAUCUUAUCAGUAAAUAGUGUUUUACAACGACGUGUAACAAUUUGGGAUAAUUUAAAUGCAAAUGAUUAUGAUCAACGUCGUUUAUAUUUAGGACCAUUUUCUGGUCGUUCAUCAAAUUUAUCAUCUCGUUUAUCUGGAAUGUUAACAAAUCCAAAUUGUGAAUUUGAAUUAAAUUUUAUUCCACUUAAUACUCUUGGUCAAUGGUAUCAUUCAUUAAGAAUAAAUGAAAGUCAAGAUCAAAUUGAUGAUGAUGAUGAUGAAGAUAGUCUUCAAAUAACUCAAAUUUAUCAAUCUAAUAAAGCAUUAGAUCAAGCAUUGAUUGAUUGGUUACCUGAAUUUCAUAAAGUUAAAACAGCUCAUGAUUCUCAACAAAUUUUAAAAAUUGAUAAUUCUCCACAAGCAAUGAGUCCUAAACCAACAGUAUCAUCAUUAAUUAUUGAUGAAGAUUCUCAAGAUUCGAUAUGUGAAAGUCAAACAUCUACAACAUCAUCAAAAAUUCAUAUAAUGGAAUGUGAUGGAAAUGGAAAUACAAGUGAUAUUACAUUAGAUGAUAUAAGAUUACUUGUUGAAUUAUUUUAUUUACCUUAUGAAUAUGGACCUAAUGCUCAACAAAUGUUUAUUGAUUUUUAUUGGCUUAGAUUUAAUUAUUCUAGAAAUGAUAAAUUAAAUGAAUGGCGUUGUCGUGCUUCAUCAUUUCAUAAUAAUGCAAAAAAUGUUGGUCGUCUUGUUCAAAGAUUAACAACAAUUCAUAAUAGAUCAUUACUUUAUGAUAUUUAUAAUUAUGUUACUGAUAUUAGUUCAACUAUUUCUCUUUGUUCAAGAUAUCUUCAUUGGAUUGAUAAUGAUAAUAAACGUUCAAAUAUAUUCUUGUCAGGUGAUGUUGAACCAGCAUCAAAACGUGGUGGUCUUGCUGGUGAAUUUCUGAAUAUUCUUCCAAUGGGUGAUUUUCAAUCAAUAAUUAAACCAGAAUUAAAUUCAUCACAAAAUAUUUUUGUCAUUCAACCAAUGACUUCAAACGAUCAAGCUCUAAUGUAUGCUUUAUGUACACAAGUUUGUUAUCGAGAUGAAAUCGAUGAUCUUCUAGAUCAACAUUCGGAAAUUUUAGCUGAUAAGUUAAUUGGUGGAUAUUUAUUAAGUUCAUUAAAUAAUUUUGAUUUAUGCUUUGCUGUAAAUAAUGUUGACGAUGAAUUAAGUGCAUUUGUAUUAACAAUAAAUGAAAGUGAAAAAUAUGAUAAACUUAUUCAACCAACAUGGAUUACGCAACUUCAUCAGAAAUAUCCAAAUGUUGAUCAAAAUUUUUUUGAAGUAAAUGAAUGUCAUCAAUGGAUUUAUGAUCGAUAUCCUGUUCGUUUACAAUUAUUUAUUGAUCUAACAAUCAAAACUGAUAAUGCAUAUUUUAUUGGAAAUAAAUUAAUGAAAAUUAUUAUCGAUAAUCUCAUCAAACGAGGUUGUCAUGGAUGUCAUGCUUUAUUAGAUGAACGAAAUCCUUUAUUACAUCAAUAUUAUCUACGACUUGGCUUUGUUGAUAUACCAAAUAUGGAACAGAAUGAUCACAUACUUCUUGUCGGAAAACAAUUUUAA